AACGGUCUCCGUAGCACACACUGAAAGCUUCACAGUCGCGCAUGCGCUGUUGAACAGUGAGAGAGAAAAUGGCUGACGUCUCUUUGGAUGAAGUUAUACGACGGCGCGGUAUUAACCUCAAGGCUCAAGCUAAAAGACCCAUGUUUGGACGGGGAGCAGGAGGAGUUGGCAGAAGUUUCGAUGCACGGCAGAAAAUUGGUGCCAAUGAUGUAAGACAGCGGCUCGGAGGAGGAACAGGGUUUCAAGUGAAAGAUGCCAGAGAAAAACUGGGUCAGAAAGAUGCUCGCUUCAAAAUCCGUGGCAGAGGAGGAGGAGGAGGAGGAGCGGGAGGGGUGCAGGAUGCCCGUCAGAUGAUAAACUCACGCAAACAGGGCCAGGGCCCGGGUCAGUUCACCGUCCCAGCACAGACCGUACAAAACACGGGAGCGACGCACCAACAGAUCCAGAAACUCGUGCCGCAGAUACAGAUACACACCAGCAACAACCCCGCCGGAGUAAACACGAGGCAGUUUGGCCCUAAUGUACAAGGACUGAAUGUGAGGGGCGGCGUAACGCCACAGCCGAGCAAUAACGUGAGAGUGAUGGAUGCUCGCGAUAGGCUGAGCCUCAAGAGGAGCAUCGGAGGGACACCGGCGCAAGCUGGUGCUACACCUCCUCUGAAAAUAACCAAGACCAUCCAGCAACGUCCUGUUGGGAUGUCAAGUGGAAUACGUGCAGCUCCACAGCCUGCUUUAAGUGAGCACGACGGUACUCCCAGUAAACAACUAAAGAUAACUACUGCAAACAGCAUGCUACAGUCACGGUCUGGAGCGGUGGGCUCUGCUUUUUCCAUGUCUGUCCCAAUCACCAAGGUGGUUAAAAACGAUGCGUACACAGCCCCGCGUCCUCCCGUCCCCGUGGCUCCCACCCGGCCCAGCGCCGGCGUCGCCGCCGCCCGCGCCUCAGCCGCCGCCUUACAGCCGGUCUCCAGGACUCUGCAGCAGGGCGCAGCUCCAGCCAGCGCCACGGCUCCCACCCCUCCCCAGCCCACUUUCAGCCCUUUGGAGGGGACAAAAAUAACGGUGAACAACCUGCAUCCCCGGGUCACAGAGGAGGAUAUAGUGGAACUGUUCUGCGUGUGCGGUGCCUUGAAGCGAGCACGACUGGUGAAGGUGGGCGUAGCUGAAGUGGUGUUUGUCCGUAAGGAGGACGCUGUGAGCGCGUACAGGAAGUACAACAACCGCUGUUUGGACGGCCAACCCAUGAAGUGUAACCUUCACAUCCAGGGAAGUGUCAUCACCUCUGAUCAGCCCAUUCUAUUGAGACUCAGCGACACACCAGGCACAGGCGGGGGGACGAAGAAAGACGGCCUGCCCCCGUCCCUGUCCCGUCCCGCCGGUCAGCGAGCUUCCUCCCAGCCCACUCCCGAAGUGGACCCCCAGACCAUCCUCAAGGCCCUGUUCAAGUCCACGGCGCAGUCCAGCUCCACCACCGAGCCGCCCAGCUCACAGGCCACCGCCUUCCGCAUCAAGAUUUAGCUCCGGUCCGCUCGUAGUGCUGCAUCCUCAGUGUUAACCCAAAAGAUUUCCACCUUGACAGCAGACGACCCUCCUUCUGUCAUGAAACAGAUUUUUACACAUUUGGUAUACAUGAAUACUGUGGACGUGAAACUCAUCGGUUUGGUUUAGUGGUAUCAAAUGUUAUCUGUUUGUUUCUGAAGUGGACCAGUGGAGAGAAGGAUCAUACAUAAUUCAGUGUGUGUGCGAGUGUGUGUGUGAGGGGGGGGGGGCACAAAUCAGACAUGGAUGUUACGGAUUUUUUUUUAAUUCAAAGACAGUCCAUUUGUUUUUUUUUAUUAUUAUUAUUGUUUCUACUAUCCAAACAAGAGCAAAGCAAAUCUAAAAUCUCCAAUUAACAGUUAAGUGAUAAGAUACUGGUUUGUAGAUUUGGUGGUGCCAGUACCUUUUUUUUUUUCUUUUUUUUGUUGGUGUGGACAAGACCAUAGUAAUCAAACGGAUAAACAGAGGUAACAAAAGAAAGGAGACGACACUACACAGCUGAGGCCGUAGGACAAACUGAGUUCACUCCAGGGAGGUGGAAGCCAAAAAAAACGUGACGACAACACUUGUAAAUCAUGGACAAUAUCAUAAACCCAGAGAGCCAGUUCUCACACAGUCACAUUAUGUUAGUUUUCUUUGGUUUUUACCGUUUCUCGUGGGAGGUCGUGUGCUCCGUUUGUGACCCGUUUUAUUUGGUUGUCUAGUUUUAGAGCAGUGUACGCUCUUACUGUUCUUACUAGUUCACGUACAACUUCCGUUGGACUGUACAUUACUUUCUGUUGCGUUCAUGGCAUGUCGGUCGGUAGGAUGCGAGUAGUGAGGUCUGUCUGUGAGAUGUUGCCAUUAAACAUUUAGCUUUGUA